AUGUCUGCACCAACAUCAGGCCAUGUCCUGGACGCUUCUGCUCAUACUAGUCAGUCUCAAUCUGACCAUUCCAAGACUGUGAUGUCUGCACCAACACCAGACCAUAUCCUAGACACUUCUACCCAUACUGGUCAGUCUCAAUCUAACCCUUCGAAGACCGUGAUGUCUGCACCAAGUCAGUCUCAAUCUGACCAUUCCAAGACUGUGAUGUCUGCACCAACACCAGACCAUAUCCUAGACACUUCUACCCAUACUGGUCAGUCUCAAUCUAACCCUUCGAAGACCGUGAUGUCUGCACCAAGUCAGUCUCAAUCUGACCAUUCCAAGACCGUGAUGUCUGAACCAACACCAGACCAUGCCCUAGACACUUCUACCCAUACUGGUCAGUCUCAAUCUAACCCUUCGAAGACCGUGAUGUCUGGACCACCAGACCAUGUCCUAGACACUUCUACCCAUACUGGUCAGUCUCAAUCUGACCAUUCGGAGAUCUUGAUAUCUACAUCAACACCAGGCCAUGUGCUGGACUCUUCUGCCCCGGAUCUACAACAGAGUGAUGCUACGAUAACCAUCCUGUACCUUUAUCGCCGUCAUCGCCGUCUUCGCGAAGGGGUCAAGCACCUCUUUGCCCCCUCUGAUACAUCACCCGCCGAGUACUUUAUUGUCAACCGCAUUCCCCAUGGACACUUUUACUCCUGGAAACCAAUCUUCUACCGAGGAGAUAACCCCAAAUACACACCUACCGCAACGGUCAUCGGACGCGCCACUCGCAAAGGCUUCUGGCGCUCGUUCUGUCUGGAGGUGGGUGAUGGCGUACCCGAGAUAUUGGAGAAUGAGGCGCGGGCGAAAGCGAAAAGAAGGGCGGCGAUGAUGGCAAUAAUUAGGAAGAUGAUUUGGUGGAAACCAAACCCGCCAACGGAACCACUGGAAGACGAGCAGGAAGUCCUUGGAAAGGUGGCGGUGGUCAAGGUUAGUAAGGGAUUCUUCACUCGCAACUUUGACUGGGAGCUAGAUGGGGUGCAGUAUCGAUGGUCUGGAACGAGGAUGUUUUCAAGUGGGCUGAUGAAAGGUGUGAAGGGCUGCACGCAUGACUUGAAGCUCGUCCGAAAGUCUGACGAUGCUGUCAUUGCGAUCUUUGAAAAAGGUCGUUGGGCCUCCUAUACCAAGAGCGUCAGAUCUGAAGGUCCUAACAAGAGCAAGCAGCUGAUUGGCAAGCUGAAAGUGAGCUGCCAAUCAGCAGCUUCCAAUGUGAUUGUACCCCCCAAUCACCGUGCGUCUGAAGAUAUUUGUAUCGGAGCCGAUGCUGGCAACCUCACCGCGGACGUGAUCGCACUGACCUGUUGGAUUGCGGUGGAGGCGGAGCAUCGGAUCCGAUACAAGUAUCUCAAGAUGGCGGUUAAAUGGGGGGUAUUCUGA